AUGAUGUUCAGCACCGACGAUCAAGCCUGUUUACAAAAAUUGGACUGCUCCAUUUGUGACUUUCCGCCAUAUCAAUUUCACAAUUUCCCAGAAGCGGUUAAUCUGAUGUGUUGGAAUAAUUGUGCGCCUCGUUCCGGUGUCUCAUCUAUGGUGGAACAUCAAAAUUCUGAAUUGGAAAAAACCGAUGCGUCUGAUGUGUUUGAGCUUUCGGUUCGAUCAAUGGUGCGCGACAAGUCGUUAACAAUGGCCGAUAUUGCAUGGUAUGCAGAUGAUCCGACGCAACAGCACCAAUGCCUCGUAUCGUGGGAGAUUUUCGGGGGUGGAAUCAUGGGCAACUUACUCACCGAUACACAUGAAGCUGAACUAUCUCUGUGGCCCGACUCGAAAUACCACAUUCAAGUGACAUGCAAAAAUAAGAAUACACACAAAAUGUCAAAAUCGUUGCCGAUUCUGAUCGACACCACAAUGGCUUUUACGAAAACAACGACAAAGUCUUCAUCAGAAUCAGAUUUGCGUCGAAGACCGGAGGCAAAUGGUGCAAGUAUAGAAAAGGGUAAAUAUUUAGCGGAAAAUGAAAGACCACCACUAUCACCGUCGUCGUCAUCAUCAUCAUCAUCGGCAUCAUUACAACCGCACACAAAAGCGACAAAAACUACAACGGCAUCAACAGCUCAAGCAAACAAUGACUAUAAUCAUGAGACAGAAGCAAUUGCCAGCAUCAUACGACAUCAAAAUUACCAGAAGCAACAUGAAUAUAAUAAUGAUUAUCAAAUAACCGCAAAACCGUUGUACAAUGCACAUCAUCAAAUGAAAGUGCAUGCUGCUGCUUCGGCUGCUGCUGGUGGUGAUGACGAUGAUGUUGGUAUCGUUGAGAAAGCCGGCAAAAAUAGCGAUAAAGUGAAUAGUGUGCAUGACACUUUAACCACAUCUCGAGACGCUGCCAAACUAUCGAAAACGUUGCCAUCAUCAUCCGUAACCAAAAUAACGCACACCGACAUCGAAACGAUGCUAACGGUAUUUGGUGUAUUUGUAUUGGUUGUGACUCUAGUCAUUUGUACGAUAGUUUCGGUGAAGCAACGUAUAAAAUCAAAUAAGAAGUAUUGUGAUAAAACCAAUUUGAUAAGCAGCAACAGCAGUUGCAGCAGCACCACCAGCAUUAAUGACUGUGAAAUGGAUUUUAAUGGUUCGACCACAUCAAUAGAACAAAUGACGGCCAUACACGUUUAAAAUCGAUCGAGAUAAUUACAUUCCGCCGUUUCGAUUUUUCGAUGUCGAUUAAAAUGUCCAUUCUUAGCGAUUUCACGAUAUCUUAAUAAAUUCAACGCGGAAUCACACCAAAAAUGUAAGCGCCAAUCAAAUGGCGAUAACGGUUUCAAUUCAAAUAAUCUCGCUUUUGAUAUCAAGAAUGAAAUAAAUACAAAAACGAAAAUCCAUUUCUGCCACGUGCCACUUGCGCACAUGGCAUUUCUACUGCUUGAAGAGCGUAAAGGAAGAAAUUGAACGAAAAAAAAUGAAAUAUUCUAAAUGAAACAUGAUGAUGAUGAGUAAUAAUAAUGUAAAUAGAAUAGUAAUUAUUAUUAUCAUUUUAGAUGAGCUAUAUAAAGAUAAGGAUGCAAAGCAAAAAGUAAAAAAAAGUCGUCAAGACAAUUUGUACAUACCAUUAAAUAAUCCACACAGAACCCAGCAUACAAUGAAUGGUUUUUAGUUUAUAGCGAAUAAGUUUUUAAACGAUAGUAUCUGCAAGUAAUAUCGAUAGCAAUUUUAAAAAUGAACAUUAUGAUAGCAGUUUUUGAUCGGUGAAAAAACACAAAUCCAUUUAUUUAUUUGUCAUGCUUUAUUUA